AUGUCGGACAAGGCUGUCAGUUACGACUCCGACGAUAACUCCUAUGACAACGACUCCUCCUCACCAGAGUGUGACUACACUACGUAUAUGAGUGAAGAAAUUAACGCGCCACAAAUUCGUCCAACUGCCCCAAUAUGGGCUAAUACUUCUAUCAGUCGGAAGGCCCUAUACGGACGCACGGGUUCUGAACUGGUCGAAGCCAAGUCAUACAACUACGACAUUAAUACGACCGAAGUUCACCGCAGUGCAGAUGACGAGACAUGUCUGGAAUACACUCCUGCAGCCACUUCUACGUCAGCCUACGUUUCCUUGAUAACCCCGGUUACGAUCCAAUACGACGUUGAGCGUAUGAUUCGCCUUGAACUCUUCCAGUAUGUGGACUCAUUCCUUGACAACUUGAGUGAUCGCCCUCCCCUCGAUCAGCUGGCUGUGAUUGAAGCUAACCCGGGAAUUAUACUUCCGACUAUCGCAUCUCGUGAUCGCCUGGACACUCUUGCACAUUAUCGCAUUGUUUGCCGUCUUUUAGCCCACGCCCGCCCCAGUACAACUGCUGCCUCUUCUCUACACGAAUCCACAGGCACAUCUCUUGCUUAA